AUGGAAGGAGAAGUUGCAAUAUCAGGACAUUUUUUCAACGUGAUGGUGCGUGGUUUCCACAACCAUCUGAACCUGCCAUCAUCUUUCUGUGAGAAGCUAAAAGACGAGAAUUCGAAACGGGCGAUUUUGAAAAGUCGUAUAGGGAAAUGGAAGAUCGAUGUGUGCAGAAACGGCGAAGGGAUAAUACGUUUCGAAAAUGGAUGGCCUCAAUUUGUCCGUGACCAUGGCUUGAGUAUCGAAGAUUUUGUGGUGUUUGAACACACCGGUGAUUUUCACUUCAACAUUUCCAUUUUCGAUCACACUGCGUGCGAAAAGGAGUUUCCUGUUGAGUCGAAGAAAGAGCACCAAGAAAACAGCAAGAGAGAAUCGGACAAGGCAAAUGUUACAUUCUACCACACCCGAAACCCACACUUUUUCUUGACAAUGAAACCGUCUUUUGCUCUGAAAACUCCUGGAGUGCAUAUUCCAGUAGAAUUUGUGAGGUCAGUUAACCUAAGCCAGAAGUCUAGUAUAACUUUAAUGGAUCCUCAAGGAAGAGAGUGGCCAGUUAAACUCAGACUUCAAACAAAAAGUCGACUACGCGCCAGAAUGUACUCAGAUUUCCCGUGCUACCGUCUAAGCAAUCAAUCGACUCAGCUCUUGCGUGAUGUUCUUUCAGUAGUUGUGUCAAUUCCCCUUUUGGAGUAUUAG